UGGAGUGUGUGUAUCAGUGUGUGUGUGUGUAGCAGAUCGGAGCAAGAUGCUGAUGAUGGCGUUUACCCUAAGAGUAUCCUUCCUACUCCUCAUCUGCCAAAGUCACCCGACAACCACAGGAGCAAAAAUAAACCAACAGAAAAGCCUGAAACCAGCCACCUUGGCUCCAAAUGCAGAAGAGCGGUUGGCGGACUAUCUUUUACAUGCUGAUCGAUACAAUAAGCUUAUCAGACCGGCAAAGAACAGCAGUGAGAUGGUGACAAUCGCUAUAAAAGUCUCCCUUUCACAGUUAAUAAGUGUGAAUGAGAGAGAACAAAUAAUGACGACAAAUGUCUGGUUGACUCAGGAGUGGAACGAUUAUCGACUGAGGUGGGAACCAGUACAGUACGAAGGAGUUGACCAACUGAGAUUAUCCUCGCGUCAUAUUUGGCUGCCGGACAUAGUGUUGUACAACAAUGCGGAUGGAACCUACGAAGUGUCCCUAUAUACAAACGCAAUUGUGUACAAUAAUGGAGAUAUCUUCUGGCUUCCCCCUGCAAUCUACAAGAGUGCUUGUAAAAUUGAAGUCAAGCACUUCCCUUUUGACCAGCAAAACUGUACUCUGAAAUUCCGAUCGUGGACUUACGAUCACACUGAAAUCGAUCUUGUUUUAAGCAGUGAUUUUGCAAGUAGAGAUGACUUCACGCCAAGUGGUGAAUGGGAUAUUGUAUCUCUCCCAGGAAGAAGGAAUGAAAUUCCAACAGAUCCAACAUAUGUUGAUAUCACAUAUGAUUUUAUCAUCAAGAGGAAGCCGCUGUUUUACACCAUUAAUCUAAUAAUCCCCUGUGUGCUAAUCACAUCUCUUGCAAUUUUGGUUUUCUACCUACCCUCCGAUUGUGGAGAAAAGAUGACAUUAUGCAUCUCUGUCCUAUUGGCAUUAACUGUGUUCUUACUGCUUAUCUCUAAGAUUGUCCCACCAACAUCACUGGACGUGCCACUGAUAGGCAAGUAUCUCAUGUUUGCCAUGGUACUGGUAACCUUUUCAAUAGUCACCAGUGUCUGUGUAUUGAACGUCCACCAUCGGUCACCCAGCACCCACACGAUGCCUGAAUGGGUGAAGAAAAUGUUUCUAAUCAAGUUACCCACUCUUUUAUUUAUGAAACGGCCGGAAAAUAAAAAUGUAAAGGAAAAGGACCGAAAUAAACAUUCGGCAAAUUACGUGGACAUUAAGGCAGAUAAAGCCAACGUCGAGACGUACUACGUGAACGAAGAGCCGGCAAAAAAGUACAACUGGAAGUUAGCAGAUACGUCUGAAAAUCAAGAUUUCAGAAAGAGAGGACCACUGAAAGGUAAUCCCAAGGUUCAAGAGGCAGUCGAUGGCGUCAGAUUCAUAGCAAACCAUAUGAAAAUUGAAGACGAUGAUCAAAGUAUCAUUGAAGACUGGAAGUAUGUUGCUAUGGUCAUUGACCGUCUCUUCUUGUGGAUAUUUGUGUGUGUGUGCGUCGUUGGUACGAUGGGACUAUUCCUCCAGCCUUUAUUUCAAAACCAGAACCCACCAAGUCUAACUCCCAGCGGAGGAUAACCCACAUUUUAUUUUUGGCAGUUCUUCCACGUGUGUAUUGGUCAAACUCUCAGAAA